AAGCCGGCUUGAUAUUUGUGCAGCCUAGGCUAAACUUGACGGGAGGAGGCUAUUUAAACACGAGCUGUCCCCUGGAAAAUCUGGAGGAGAGAGAGUGAGAGAGUGAGAGAGAGGAAGACGAUGGCUCUGUCAAGCACCAAUCCAGCCCUACCCAAUUCCCUCCUCACCAAAUCCCACCUCUUCCCUUCUUCUCCUCUUCUCCUCCCAAUCACGCCUACCCGCAAAUCAUCAUCGACCUCAAUCUCCGCCUCCCUCAAAUCUCCCCAUAAAUGGACCCCAGGCAGCUGGAAAUCCAAACCGGCGGUUCAGCUCCCCGAGUACCCGAACAAGGCCGAGCUCGAAUCGGUCUUGAAAACCCUAGAAUCGUUCCCCCCGAUCGUGUUCGCCGGCGAGGCGCGGAGUCUGGAGGAGCGGUUGGGUCAGGCCGCGCUUGGGAACGCGUUUCUGUUGCAGGGAGGGGAUUGUGCGGAGAGCUUCAAGGAGUUCAGUGCGAAUAACAUUAGGGAUACGUUUCGGGUUAUUUUGCAGAUGGGUGUUGUUCUUAUGUUCGGUGGUCAGAUGCCUAUCAUCAAGGUCGGAAGAAUGGCUGGCCAAUUUGCAAAGCCAAGAUCAGAUCCGUUUGAGGAGAAGGAUGGGGUAAAGCUGCCUAGUUAUCGAGGUGACAAUGUAAACGGGGAUACAUUCGAUGAGAAAUCAAGAACUCCAGACCCUAAUCGAAUGAUCAGGGCUUACACACAAUCUGUGUCGACAUUGAACCUCUUGAGAGCUUUUGCUACUGGAGGGUAUGCUGCCAUGCAAAGGGUUAACCAAUGGAAUCUUGAUUUCACAGAGCAUAGUGAGCAAGGGGAUAGGUACCGCGAAUUGGCUCGUAGGGUUGAUGAUGCCUUAGGGUUCAUGGCCGCUGCUGGCCUCACAGCUGGCCACCCAAUCAUGAAGACAACUGAGUUUUGGACAUCUCAUGAAUGCCUCCUUCUACCGUAUGAGCAGGCCCUUACAAGAGAGGAUUCAACUUCUGGCCUUUAUUACGAUUGCUCUGCUCACAUGGUUUGGGUUGGUGAACGCACGCGACAACUUGAUGGUGCACAUGUUGAGUUCAUAAAAGGACUAGCCAAUCCUCUUGGCAUCAAGGUGAGCGAUAAGAUGGAUCCCACUGAGCUAGUUAGGCUCAUAGAAAUUCUGAAUCCUCAGAACAAGCCAGGAAGGAUAACAAUAAUCACAAGAAUGGGAGCUGAGAACAUGAGAGUAAAGCUUCCCAAUUUGAUUAGGGCUGUUCGCAGAGCAGGCCAAAUUGUCACAUGGGUCAGUGACCCCAUGCAUGGGAACACUAUAAAAGCUCCUGUUGGCCUUAAAACCCGUUCCUUCGAUGCAAUCAGGGCUGAGGUAAGGGCCUUCUUUGACGUGCAUGAUCAGGAAGGAAGCUACCCGGGAGGUGUACAUCUGGAGAUGACGGGGCAGAAUGUAACUGAAUGUGUUGGUGGUUCACGAACUAUUACAUUCAACGACCUGAGCUCCCGCUAUCACACCCAUUGUGACCCAAGGCUCAACGCCUCUCAAUCUCUAGAGCUUGCCUUCAUUAUCGCAGAGAGGCUCCGAAGAAGACGCCUUGGACCACAACACUCUUUCAAAGUCUCAACGCUUCUCAGUGUAUAGAGCUUGCCUUCAUUACUGAAGAGAGGUUCCGAAGGAGGAGCUUCAUACCACAUCACUUUCUGUCUCUUUUUGGAAGCUUGCUUUUGUCUUUUAACCUUUGGUAAAAUUUUAGCUCUUGGUUAAUAGGUCUUGCUUUUAUGCCUGUCAAUAUCUUAGAACUAGUAUUAUUAUAUGCUUGAGUCUGAAAGCAAGGCCCAUAUUGCUUCUAGGUUUUAUACAGCUGAAAUAUGUAAAAUAAAAACUCUUUGUUCUUGGUUGGGAGCAAGUGAUGUGCAUAUAACAAACAUUUGAAGUAGUUGUACUCUUGGCCAUAAGGCCCAUGACAGUA